AUGGGCAGGAGGCUGCCGGCGGCGGCGUUGUGUGGUGGCCGGGCGGCGACGCGGGUGAGGAGGAAGCGGGUGCAGCGGGCGACCUACUCCUCGCCCUCCUCCAAGCUCCCCGCCGCGGCACUGCCCAGCAGCAGCGGUGGCAAGAAGGCCGGCAGCGCAGCAGCAGCAGCCGGAGGAGCAGGGGGAGGGUGCUACGUCAAUGGCAACGGCGCGCUGAUGGUGCAAGUGGGCAGCAGCAACAAGGACGGCGGCGGCGGGCGGCGGGUCAUGGUGCUGGCCGACGGCCGCGCCGAGGCCGCCGGCGCGCUCCAGUGGGCGCUGUCGCAGGCCGUCCGCAGCAACGACACCGUCGUCCUCCUCGCCGUCGCCAAGCCGCCGGUCGCCCGAGACGCCGCCAGUGAUUCUUGUGUCAAGAUGCUGGGGACCAAGAGCCAGCAACACCUCGCCGCCUUGAGGACCGUCUGUGAAUCAACAAGGCCAGAGGUGAAGGUGGAGACGUGCGCCGUGGAGGCGGAGGAGCGCGCGCCGGCGGUGGUGGACGCGGCCAGGCGGCACGGCGCGUCGCUGCUCGUGCUGGGCCAGCGCCCGCGGCGGCACGCGGUGGCGCGGUGGCUGCAGCAGGUGGUGUGGCGGCGCCGGCGCAGCAGGGGAUCCUCCGCCGCCGCCGCCGGCGGCGGCAGCAUGGUGGAAUACUGCAUUGAGCACGCGCCGUGCGUGGCGCUGGCCGUGCGCCGGAGGAGCUCCGGCGGCUACCUCGUCUCCAGCAAGCACCACAGGGACUUCUGGCUCCUCGCCUAG